GGUGAUUCAAUCAGUACAUGCCCAUCUAUAAAUCUAACCCGUUAGGAACGUCAGAGUUGAGAAGGACCUUCAUGUGUCACGAGGAGUUACUCAAGGCAUAUCCCCAAUAUAGAAGCCUACAAAGAGGCAUUUCAUCAAACCCAACAAUGGCAUAGUUAUCUCUUGUAAACAAUAUAAUAUCCAUUCUCUUCCAUGAAAGAAAUUGGCCCUGAUUGCCAAAGGAUGCGUUUUCGCGAUGAACAAUAUCACCACCAUCUAACACGUGUAUAAAAUGCCACCUUUUUCCGACCUCGAAGGCACAAGGAUCCUAAAAUACCACUAUAGAUUGCGUCGAUGAAAAUGCAUCAGCCAUUACUUUUUCUUCUUUACUUCUUCAUUACCACGGUGUCGAGCACAGCUUUAUUCCGCGAUACUGGCGUUCCCAAGUGGGGUCCCACGAAAUCAGAUAGACACAUGCAACGUGACGAGCACCAAGGUGAUUCAUUACCCGCAAAUGCGGAACAGAGUAACUGGGUUCCAAUUGGUAUCACCCUGGGCUCUGUUGCGGUCUUGGGUUUAGGCGUCUUUCUUUUAUUCUUCGUAUGUCGUCCUAAUAUUGCUAAAUGUAUGUAUAAAAAGGCUGAAGAGGGGAGAAGCUCUUCCAAGAAGGGUGGUGGUGAGAGCAGGUCUGCUGGACAGGGGCGUUGAGCUGAGUAGAGUCUCCAUUAGCGAAAGUUACGUCGUGACUAAGAAAUUCUAAGGUAGUUGGAUGCGACGGUAGAUAUGACUCUUAACGAUAAUCUUGAGUACGAUGCGCCACUCAUACUAGGCAUCUCCCGUUACUACUCGCUGGCUCAUGUGUUAGAUGUGAGAUAUCAUGUUUAUUCUAUUACCUAGGUACUACCCUCGUAAUGUGGGGCUUUCUUGGCAAAGAGGAAG